AUGGCCACGGCGGUUGAGGGGAGCGCAAUCCACCCGCGAGCGACGCCCACCCAGCCCAAUUGGUUCCAGACCUCGCCUGAUCUGUAUGCUGGCACUGUUGCGACCGGGGCUGCACCUUUCCUCGCUGAAAUCAAUCCCGCACCUUUCGGGGAUGCUACCUAUGUUCCCAAUGCUCCACUCGAGACCUCGGAGCCCGUUCAGGGUGCGAAGGGGAGGAACGUCUUCCACCUGAUGGGCGACCUGAGUCCUUACUUUUCGCCGGCCGAGGGCUUCGGGGUGAACGAAUAUCCCUUGCCCAAGGGUGCUAACAUCACCCAGAUGCACAUGCUCCAACGCCACGGGGCGCGAUAUCCCUCAUCCUCGGAGGGCCUGGACACGUGGGGUGAAGCCAUCGCCAACGCCACCGCACAAGGACACGUUUUCUCCGGCAAGCUGGGGUUUCUGAACCAGUGGUCCUACCGCCUGGGCAAGGAGAUCCUGGUCCCGCAAGGCCGCCAGGAAUUAUUCGACGCGGGGGUCCUGAACUUCUACAACUACGGCCAUCUGUCCGACCGCCGCAACGGCACCGCGAAGCUCGUGGUGCGCACGACCCUGCAAGCGCGGAUGCUCGAGAGCUGCGAGAACUUCCUGGCGGGCUUCUUCGGGCUGCACUGGCGCGACCACGCCAACAUCCUGGCCACCAUCGACCCGGCGACCACGGGCGAAUCCGCCUGCACCAAGGCGUCGGCGACCAUGAUGGAAUCCAUCCAGAUCCCCGUGGGCACCUGGAUGGCGACCUAUCUCGAGGCGCGCACCGCCGAGCUGCGGCGGCUGGCGGGGGGCUACAACUGGACGGUGACCGACACGUACCACGCGCAGGCGCUCUGCCCCUACGAGACCAUCAGCCUCGGCUACAGCGACUUCUGCCAGCUGUUCACGUACGACGACUGGGAACACUACGCCUAUCUCAUGGAUCUCGAGUUCGCGGGGCUCUCCGGCUUCCACAGCCCCACCGGCCGCGCGCAGGGCAUCGCCUUCGUCGAGGAGUUCCUGGCGCGUGUGGAGGGCCACCUGCUUGACGUGCCCGCCAACACCACCGGGGCGAACGUGACGCUCGACACCAACCCCGUCACCUUCCCGCUCGACCAGAAGCUGUACUUCGAGUUCACCCACGAUGCCAACAUUGUCUCCGUGUUGACGGCGUUCGGGCUCACGCAGUUCGCCGACCCCCUGCCCCUCACCGGACCCACGAAGGGCCAGCAGUUCCACUCCAGUCGCCUCGUGCCCUUCGCGGGCCGUCUGAAUAUCGAGAUCAUCAGCGCGCCGCACAAGGUCUCGACCAGGCGGUCAUCGUCCCGGGCCACCAGCACAACCGGCGGUGACUACGUGACUGACAGUGGCCCGACGCAGUAUGUGCAUUUCAUCCAGAACCAGCGCACCAUCCCGCUCCACGCCAGCUUUGCCGAGUGCGAGUACCGCGAGGACGGAUGGUGUGAGCUGUCGACCUUCUUGAGGAUUCAGGAGCAAAGUCUGGCGAAGGCGCAGUAUCCGUAUGCCUGCUUCGGGAACUGGACGAUGAAGGGUUGGGGCGCUGUCACCAACGGGGUGCCUGCAUGA